AUUCACAAUAUAUUUUUACUAUUGAGCAUAACCGUCAUAGGGAAGAAAUAAUAGAUCAUGAACUUGUUACAACCGUUGAAAUAGAAGAAGAGGAGUCAUUUACAGAACAAAAACAUGAAAGUUAUUUUGAUACAGAUCUUGAAAGCGAACAAGCUGGUGAAACCAGUAAAAAGGCUCGUGAAAGAGGUGAAAAAAUAAAAGGAGCCAGGAAGGCCGGAGAGGCCAAGGAGACAGAAGUAGAAAAAAUGAUCAAAAAAAUAAAACAUUUGGG